AUGGGAGGCCUGGCUUUUGCCUCGGGCGAAUAUGCACUUUAUACUCCUCGAAUGCCGAAAAAAGUCUACGAAGCCACCAAAGCCCGGUGUCAAGAGAUCCUUCGCGGUCUUUACCAUCAUGUGGAAUCGCCUCUUGAUGGUCCAGGCAAAGUAGAUUUUGGAGAUAUCGAUAUUUUCUUAGCGUCCCCAAAACCAGAAGCUUCUACUGGUCUUUAUGCCAUCAACAUCAUAUCUCAAGCUCUAGAGGCCGAACGUGCUUUUGUUGAUAACGGCGGUGAAGGAAUUAAAGCCGCCGGAAGUUUAGCUAUCCCGUGGCCCAAAGGUGAAUCUAAUGAUGGUGAAGACGCAGACAAGAAACACAUCCAAGUCGACAUCCGAGUGUGCGAGUCGGAGGACAAAUUACGCUGGAUGCUUUUCAAACACGGCCACGGAGAUGUGUGGCAGAUCGUUGGAUCGAUGAUUAGGCCGUACGGACUGACAGUCGACGACAGCGCGCUGUGGCUUCGAGUUCCCGAGAUAGAAGAGUCCAAUAAGAAACUAGCCAGGAUUUUUCUGACAUCGGAUCCUCCCAAAGUUUUGGAGUUCCUUGGCUUGCCCAUGGAAGGAUGUUGGGAUCACCCUUUUCCCUCUGCGGAAGAUAUGUUUGACUAUAUUGUUUCAUGUCGGUUGAUGUAUGUCUCCCCCACUGCUCCAGAACCUGAUGCGAAGAGUCUCAAAUCAAAUGAUCGCCGGCGCAUGAGGCAGCGGCCGAUUUUCAAAAAGUGGGUGGAUGAAUUUAUUCCAGAAUGUCGUCAACUUGGUCGGUUUUCAGAACGAAAGUUUACCAGAGAGGCUGUUACCGAAGAGGCAUUCGCCGUGUUUGGCGUUGAAAAGGAAUACAAGGCCCGACGCAAAGAGUUUCUCAUAAAGCGGCAGGAGGACUUCAUCUGGAACAGCCUAAUCAAGGAUAGUAUUCCUACUCCUAAUCCCUCGGAUCAGAGAGCUGUUCUUCACAAGUCGUGCAGUGUCAAAGCUCUGAAAGAAAUCAUUCUCGGGAGCGGCGAGGGCUAUAUUUUUCAGCCAGACAAAACUAGUCUCAAGGACGCUGACGGCUUCUACAACAUCGAGUACAUUAAGGAGUUUAUCGAAACGCACAAGGAUGAUGUUGGAAAGGCAGCUCUCGUCAGACAUAAUGAAAAAUACGCAGACCGUUUGCGCCAAAAGGGGACCAAAGCACAGACGGAGUCAUCCUAA